AUGCCUUCCAUUUCCAACAUGAUCACUACUCUGGCUUGCAUCGCCACCGCUGCGAGCGCUCUGCCCGCCAACGGUGCACGACAAGCUGCUACUACUGAGUGCGAGAAGGGCACAUGGUACUCUAGCUGUGGCGAGACCGUCGGCUGCUUCGACCACGACCCUUGCAUCAACUUUGCCGCCCCUACUCAUGCUUCUGAAGAAAAGCCCGAUAGCACAGAGCAGAAGGCUUCUACUACCACCACUGCUGCUCCUACCUACGAGACCAUCGUUCCUGAUGCCCUCUACGAUAUCUUCCCUGAGCACCCUGAGUACGCCAAGGGCAAGGUGAACGGCAUCCACCUCGAGACUUACGACAACAAGUCCCAGGUUGAGCAGGCUAUUGUCUUCAAGAACAUCCCCAAGGACGCUAAGUUUUGUAGCCUUCAAUGGCGCCAGGGUCCCCGUUUCUCGACCGCGUUUGUUAUCAAGGGCGAUGACUCCCAGGCUGAGGCUCGCCAGCUUUCUGGCUUCCCCAAGGACGGCGAGGACGUAACAUAUAAGGCCGUCAAGCCUUUCGACGAUGCCGAGGCGCCUGUUGGCGGUCCCAACUUCACCAUGUGGGAUGUCAGCGAGGAAGGGGGUCACGGUGUCGGCAUGGUCGAGUGUGCAGAGACCCUCGCCUUCAUCGCUCAGAUCCGAAACCCCAAGCUCGAGACCCAGCUUUACCUAGAACAAGAUGCAGAGAAGAACGGCUGGGCGCUUACCUACACUAUUUAA